GUCGUUCGACGCAUGCGCACUCGGAUACCGGCGUUUCAACCGUUUUAUUCGUGUUACAGAAACAACAUGGACAAAAUGCUGCAGUUCAUGAAACUAGUAGGACAAUUAAAGAGUGUGCCAAGGACUGGUUGGGUUUACCGGAACGUUAAGGAACCUGAAAGUGUGUCUGAUCACAUGUACAGGAUGGCAAUGAUGGCACUAACACUCCAAGACACCAGUUUAAACAAAGAGAGAUGCAUGAAGAUGGCUUUAGUUCAUGACCUAGCUGAGUGCAUUGUAGGAGACAUCGCUCCAGCCGACAACAUCAGCAAAGCUGAGAAACACAGAAGAGAAAAGGAGGCCAUGGUUCGCAUUACUGGCCUGCUACCUGAAGAUCUACGUAAAGAGCUGUACCAGUUGUGGGAGGAGUAUGAGAAUCAAUUGAGUCCUGAGGCUAAAUUGGUGAAGGAGCUGGACCAGCUGGAGAUGAUUCUACAGGCUCAUGAGUAUGAGGAGCUGGAGGGCAACCCAGGAAGACUGCAGGAGUUCUUCAUCUCCACUGAAGGCUGUUUCCAUCACCCAGAAGUGGUAUCACUGGUGAAGAGCAUAAAUGAGGAAAGAGCACUUCACAUGACUGUGUCUUCAUCAGAGAAAACAGAAGAACAAAAAUGCCACACACCAACGACAGACUCCCCAUGACUGUAUGAUGUACUGUACAUUUUUAUUAUUGUUAUAGUUCAUAUUUCAUCUUCAUUACACCUGUCCGUAUUUACUCAGUGCAGACUGUUCUGAUAAUGCUGUUGUCUGACAAGUGAUAAUUGUUGUUACUGUUGAUUUUUUUAUUGAAAUAUAAAAAAGCUUUUACAAUAUUUAAUUUUACUAUGGUUGUGUUAACAAAAGAAAAUGCUGUUAAAAUGUUCACUCUUAACCUGAAAGAGAAAAUAAAAAAUUGUACAAAAGUAAA